AUGGACAUACUGGAUUUGGAAUCGAUUCUGCCAAAAUCAUUCAACAUCCCACAAAAACCAAAGGACGGAUUUGUUGACGCUCCUACUGAUCUAAUCUCGACGAUUCCAAGAUCUUCAGAAGAACACGAAGAGUUAGAUAAUUUGAACAACAGUUUUAAAGAAAGAUUAGAAGAUUUAACGAUGACAACAACAGCCACGACACGAAGAAAAGGGAAAAAGAAAGUAACAGAGCAAUCGGAUGAUGACGACGAAGAAAAGAAAAAUGAAAACAAAAAGCGUGUAGUGCGAAAGCAGGGAGAAAGGAAAAAUUCUGAUACAGACCCAGUAAAUAGUCAUCGUUUGUAA